UCCUCUCUUUCUGAGAGUUUUCCGGUAGUGUCGUGAAGAUCGCUCGGACUGACGCCCGUACUUGGUGGGCGGCCCAACCGCAGAAAUUGGACCGAGCAAUCCGUACUCUUCCACCAUGUGGUUUGUUGUCCUAGUCCGAAUGCCAGUGUUUUGAGAUUGUUCGCCGAAAAUAUACAAGUCCAAUCUUAGCCUUGGUUGGCCAUCAUGAGUGCCGGUGGCGGUAAUCAGUUGAUCUCUGUUCUUCCCGAGGAGCUCAGAUUUCAAUUUGAGCUGGAAAAACAAAGCUUUUGUGACCUUAAAGUCAUCAACAACACAGAAAACCAUAUCGCUUUCAAGGUUAAAACCACUUCCCCUAAGAAGUACUUUGUACGGCCCAACACUGGUGUUAUACAGGCUUGGAACUCAUGUGUCAUCAGAGUCACCCUCCAAGCACAACGAGAAUAUCCUCCAGACAUGCAGUGCAAAGAUAAAUUUCUCCUACAGAGUACGGUAGUGCCUCCAAAUUCUGAUGUUGAUGAACUUCCACAAGAUACUUUCACCAAGGAAAGUGGAAGGACAGUAGAGGAGUGCAAGCUUAAAGUUUUGUACAUGACUCCGGGUUCAGAUCAAGGAAAUGAAGACGGAGCUUCUAUGCAUGGUCUUGAUACCAAUUCUAAUCAGACUUUCCAGCGCCUGAAAGAAGAAAGAGAUUCAGCUGUUAGACAAACACAGACACUUCAACAAGAACUGGACAUACUGAAGAGGCGGAGAUACCGGAAAGGUGACCCAGGCUUUUCCUUCACCUUCGCAAUUUUUGUGGGGCUUAUUGGACUCAUGGUUGGCUUCCUCUUAAAUCUGUCAUUGUCUUCACCACCGAUAGAAGCUUCGCCGUCCACCGAAACUUCAUCAUUAAUCGAGUCAACAUUGAUGGAUUAAUGUUAGUCAGGUCAUAAGGAGAAAUCUGACAAACUUCAUUGUAUAAUCCCUUUGGGCGUUCUGGUUGAUGGAAAGCUUGCUUCACUUACAUACAUUUUUUUUCUUUUCUCUUUUGUAUAUCGAUAUGGUGCCCUUUAUGGCCAGUAGACACCCUUACAAUAGGACUUAUAAAUUUACAAGAAUGUGACUUCCUGCUUCAGUCCCCCUUUUGAAUUGUAAAGACUGUUGGAACCGAUUAUCAAGGUCCAGACUUAUAUAUAUGGAGUCUUUUAUC